AUGAAGGGAGGUAGAAUUAAUAGAUUAAAGUUACACUUGGCUGGAGAAACUGGACAAGUCGAAGCAUGCGACAAAGCUCCUGAAGAAGUCCACUUUAAGAUGAAACAAAAUCGUGAAGAGACAAGGCUCAAGAAAAGAAAAACUGAACAUGCAAUAGGUAAUGAAGAGCAAACACAAAGAGGACAACCUAGGUCAGUGGUUGUUGCAUCUCAAAAGGGAACGAACAAUGGAAGCUUUGAUAAUUACUUUUUGCCUAGAACAACUCCCGGAUCACAACCUACUAUAAAAAGUGUGUUGCAAACCAAGGAAGUUGUAGAAAAGUGUGAUCUUGCACUUGCAAAAUGGUUCAUUGCUGCAUCUAUUCCCUUCAAUGCAGCAAAUUCACCAUAUUUUCAGUCUGCGGUCGAUGCUCUUUGUUGCAUGGGAGCCGGAUAUAAAGCUCCUUCUAUACAUGAUUUACGUGGUCCUUUGCUAAAUAAGUGGGUUGAUGAAACAAAGAAAAAGAUAGAGAAAUACCGUGAGAUUUGGAAGACUACUGGUUGUACUCUUAUGGUAGAUGGGUGGACUGACGGGGUUAGGAGAACUCUGAUAAACAUUUUAGUUUAUUGCCCUAAAGGAACGAUUUUUAUCAAAUCUGUUGAUGCUUCUGGUGCUUCAAAAACUGGUGAGAUGUUGUUUAAGCUUUUCAAGGAAGUAGUGUUAUAUAUUGGCCCUGAAAAUGUUGUUCAGAUAGUGACAGAUAAUGCUGCAAACUAUGUUGCUGCUGGUAGGUUAUUGGAGAAAGAGUUCCCUGGCCUGUAUUGGUCUCCUUGUGCAACUCAUUGCAUUAACUUGAUGUUUCAAGACAUUGGAAAAUUACCUGAAGUUAAAGAGGCAAUUCCACAUGCCACAAAUGUUACCAAGUAUGUAUAUAAUCAUUGUUAUCCAUUGUAUUUGAUGAGGAAAUUUACUCAUGGAAGAGAGAUACUUUGUCCUGCUCCAACUCGCUUUGCCACUAAUUUCAUUGCUUUGCAGAGUAUUUUGUCUCAGAAAAAUGCACUUAGAGCCAUGGUAACAUCUCAAGAAUGGACAACUUCUGCUUAUGCAAAAGAUGCCAAGGCCAAACAAUUUGUGGAACAAGUCUUGAACACUAACUUUUGGACUGCUUGUGCUGACAUAGUGAAACUCACAGAACCACUUGUACGUGUGUUGCGUCUCGUGGACAGUGAAGAUAAACCUGCUAUGGGUUUUCUUUACAGAAAUAUGUAUAAGGCUAGAGAGGAGAUGGUGAAGAGAUUCAGUCUUGAGUUUGAGAAACACAAGUCCACCACAUCUGGUCUUAUAGAUGUCAUUGAAAAGUAUGCUCGUAAUAAUCAUGAGCUGCGAGCAAAGUUAAAUAUAGAGACAAGUAUAUUUAGAAAUUCUGAGGGCGACUUUGGAAGGAAAUCUGCUAUAGAAGCUCGAAAUUCACCAUUUCCAGAUGAAUGGUGCGAACUUUACGGGUGUCAAGCACCACAUUUGCAAAAAUUGGCGAUUCGGGUUCUAAGUCAAACUUGUAGCUCUUCUGGUUGCGAGAGAAACUGGAGUGUGUUUGAGCAUAUUCACUAA